GGGUUCUCAUUCUGGUCUCUUUUAACUCUUCUGUGUGUGUACACCAACGGAGUCUCUCUGAAAAUUCUCUCUUUAAGCCUCGCAAGCUCUUCUCUUGCAAACCCCAUGAUAACUAAGCUUUGUUGAACAAGGUUGAGUUUUUCUCGUGUGGUUCUUGUUGGUUUAGGUUCUUCAAUGGAGAUGGAGUCAGUUCAGCCGAAUCAGGAUGCCGAUUCCCUUGAGAAUACAUCUUCUGAGACAUUGGUUUCUCCGGUCUCUCCUGAUAUAAAAGGUGUUAGUGGAGAACCGGAGAUGAGAACCCGGCUUGGUGAUAAGUAUCAGGCAGAAAUCCCUUCCAUGAAAUUAGAAUCUGAUUUUCUUGGGCCUUUAUUUGACUCUGCUGAUGCAGAAGACAUACAUGAUGCUUCUGAUGCCUUUCUAAUUGGUUUGCCCAUCCGAAUUAUGUGGGUCCGUGAUGAAGUGAGAAACAGCAAGGAUGAACCCUUGGGAUUUCCCUGUAAGACUGAUGAUAUGGUUACUGAAAACAUGUCAACAAAAUCUAGAAAAAAGAGGAAGUGUCAUUCUAGCUUAGAUAAUAAGAGUUUCAAACUCAAGUUGGAACCACUGGAUUCUGUUUCAUUGGAUGAUGGGAAAUGGAAAAAAGGGAAAAAUCUUGGAUCUAAGGUGGCUGGGAGGAUUAAUGUGGACAAAAGCAAAAGCAAACUCCUAGUUCCUGGUUCAUCUGGUGACCUUUGGAAGGAUGCUGAAGUAGAUAAUUUUCUUCUUGGUUUAUAUAUAUUUGGAAAAAACUUUUUCCUGGUGAAGAGGUUCAUAGAGAAUAAAGAGAUGGGUGACAUAUUGUCUUACUAUUAUGGGGAGUUCUAUAGGUCAGAUAAAUACCGUCGAUGGUCUGAUUGUUGGAAGACAAAAUGUAAGAAAUAUAUACGUGGACGGAGAAUUUUCACAGGUUGGAGGCUAAAGGAAUUUUUAGCUCGUUUGCAUCCCCAUGUCCCAGAGGAAUUUCAAAGUGCUUUGCCAGAGGUCUCUAUGUCAUUUGCUGAUGGGACAACCUCUCUUGAAAAAUAUGUAUCCUACUUGAAGACCGUUGUUGGCAUUCAUGUUUUGGUAGAAGCUGUUGGUAUUGGUAAGGGGAAGGACGAUCUCACUGGCCUUGCCGUCGAGCCUGCAAAGACACAUCAAAGGCACUCUGAACGUGCCACUUUACCAGCUGGAAAAGAUUGCUGCUCACUUACAUCAAAAGAAAUAAUUAAAUUGUUGACUGGAAAAUUCCAAUUGAGCAAAUCCCGUAGGAAUGAUAUUUUCUGGGAAGCUGUUUGGCCUCGAUUGCUUGCAAGAGGGUGGCACUCUGAGCAACCUAAGUAUCAGGGUUAUCUGGAUUCUAAAGAUCAUUUGGUUUUUCUUAUGCCUGGCGUGAAGAAGUUUUCGAGAAGGGAACUUGUGAAAGGGGACCACUAUUUUGAUUCUGUUAGUGGUGUUUUGAGCAAAGUGGCAUCUGAACCAGAACUUCUUCAGCUGGAAUCUGAUGAUAAUAGAGAUGGCAGCUGCAGUGCAGAAGAUGGGUUGGCUUUACAGUUGCCAAAAGACCAGAAUGAUCCCAAUUGUCACCUUAAACCUCCAGCUCCUAAGCAGAACCAUGUGAAGUUGACCAUAGUAGAUUCCAGUUUUGUCCAGGGAAAAGAAUUAUCCAAGACGACAGAAAUGAGAGAUUCACCACUUGGCGUUAAAAUUAGAUCCAAGCUUACCAGUAUUUCUAGAGAAAUUGAAGCGAACAUCCCAGAGAAUUUACUUGGUAAACGUAAAGUUGGUGCUGUUGUUGCUACACGAUUGAAUGGUGGAAAGAUCAUCAACAGUCGUAACCAUGGUGAAAAGAUCUUUGAUAAUGAUAUCCACAGUGAGGAAAUACCUGAUAUUUCUGACACAACCCAUAUGAGGUUCACUAUUGUUGAUACCAGUUUGAUCCAAAGAGGAAAACCAUACAAGGUGUCAGAAUUGAGUUAUUCACCAAUUGAAUUUAAAGUUACUUCUGAAAUAUCCCAUUUAUCAAGAGAAGAUGAACAGGGUUCCUCAGAGAAUUCAGUGGGCAAGCAAGAGCCAAAUGCUGCUGAUUUUCCAUCAGAUGACAAAAACUAUGUUAAAAGUUCCACCCACAGUCGAGAUACAUCUGAUAUUCAUAGCUUAAAUGAAAAUGCAAUCUUCCCAGACACUGCAAACAAAAUGGUGGAAAGUGUCCAGGAUACAGAAGUAAAUCCAUCAGAUGAAUAUUGGUCAAAGAGGAUGAUCAAACACCAAUUCAGUCGAAGGGUAAAGCCUGGUCAUCCUAAUAAAUUAGUUCCUCCCAUUAAACGGCGUAGAUUAACUGCUUGUGUUAAGGCCGAGGCAAGUCGUGCCAUUAAGAAUGUCUCAGGUGAACAUUUGACGGCCUCAUGCAAUUGGAACUCACAAAAUGCAGGGAAAAGUAAUGCUUUUCAGGUUGGUUCUUCCCAGGAGGAUGUGGUGUUGCCUAGCCCAUCCGUUACAUGUGUUCUUGAGGAGGAAAGCAAUCAUUCAAGUUCUUUUGAUGUGAGCGUGUCUCCCGGUGAAAAUGAGAAAGGCCAACCCAAGUCUUUGGUUGAAUUGAAUGUACCUGAAAGUUUGCCGGUGUGUGAAAAUGAAGAAACAGUAGUUCCGGAGAUGAAAGAGAACCAGGGCAUCAAUCCGAAUGGUACUUGUUUUGUGAACAAUAAAAACAAGCUUGAUGCUACAGCACCGAAUAAUUCUAUUCAUGUUAGUUCUGAAGAGAAACAACCUGAUAUGAAACCAAAAAGGCAAAGCACAAGAAACAGGCCACUGACAACUAAAGCAUUGGAAGCUCUUGAAACUGGAUUUGUGGACGUGUUUAAAUUGAGACGGAAGAGAACAGAAGUCUGCAAAAAAGACUUUCUAUUUGCAAGUCCAUCACGAAGAGCCCGUAGCAGAAUCACAUCAAAUCGCAGUAAUUCUGGCUCUAGCAUUGUAGACUCAAAUGAACAAAAAGGUUGUUAACACAGAAGUCUUGACCAUCUUCAAGUGGGUAAGUGUUGGGACUUUGCGAAACUGGUGCAAUCAAGAAUUGAAAAGCAGCGAAAACUUUUGCAGGAGGAGACUAGUGCUAUGUUUAUUGCCAAGCUGGUAAUGAUAAGCAAUGAUGUACAUAUGAUUUUGGACAAUCUGGAACAUUUACGGUGAUGAUAGGACACAUGAUGCUUACGCUUAGACAAGAUCAAAGUAAUCCAAGUAACAACAAGGCUGGGCUGCUAUUUUGUCCAGUGACAAGGAACUAAUGAAUCAUCUCAUUGAAGUAUGAAUCUUUCUCUUGAAGGUUGUCUCCAGCCUCCAGGUGCCAUGUUAAACUUUUUGGAAUGUGCAAUUAAGUGAAAUUUGUAUUCCAUAUGAUCAUAUGCUACAUAAAACGUGUGAUUUUGAGGAUUUUUUUGUCCAUCUGUGAUAAGUGCAAAGUUUAAUGAUGAUUUACUGCCUUUUGUUGUCAUGUUA